AGGGCAUCUUAGGAGACGACAUAACUUCAGACUACUAAACGUUGCCGAUAAUACAGAGGAAACAAUGUGCUGAGGACAAUCAGCAGUUGAAUCGAACAUAAGCUAAAUAUCAACCAGACAAGAUUAUGAUUUCAUCGGAAACAGAUACGUAGUAAAAACAGAUAAGCAUGUUGUUUUUCUACAAGCCAUUACAGCACUUGUCACAUGAACAAGUUCAUCGAAUAGUAAUACAAAACUGUCCUCCUUUUCAUACGCAUGGUAAAACCAAUAAUUGAAAUUUACAAAAAGUCCGCAAGCAACAAAGUACACGGUAGUCAUCAUCAUUAGCAUAAAAAUACUCCACCUCAACUAACAAGACGAACUUGAUCACCUCACCACAACCAAUUGGACGGAUCAACUCGUACACACAGGCUUGAUUACUACUAAUAACCCUGUUGUUUCCUGCUUUCAGAACGACAACUGCCGGCUCUCAAAUCCACCAUCAUCUAAUUUAAAUAAAUUAAACACCGACAGCUGCUAAUACACAUGGAAAACAAAAAAAAGUGUUCAUCAUUUCAACUGCUCCAAAACCUGCGCUUUUUGCAGUACGUUCGUCUAUAUUACAAAACGUGAAGGAUGACGAAGGGUACAGCAGUAACAGAUUUCUAACAGAUACGUAAUGCAGCUUCAUUGAGCUGCUUUCCUGAAAAUGCUUUCCUGAAAAACAUAUUCAGGCUACUCCAGCACAAGCAUCACCAAUGCUGUCACUUUGUGUAAUAAAAAGAGUGAGAAAAAAUAGUUUGAAAGGGCUUUCAUUGGUUCUUCCUUUAGCCAACCGUAUUCAGCAGCAGUUGGGAUCACAUAUCUGAGAGACUGAGACAGACCAAAGAUAGGCUUCUUGCUCCAGUGCUUGUUUAUCGUUCUUUAGCUUGAACAUGUCCUUCUCAAAUCUCGUAAGGAGCAGCAGUUGGAUUCACAUAUCUGAGACAGACCAAAGAUAGGCUUCUUGCUCCAGUGCUUGCUUCUCGUUCUUCAGCCCUGCAACAAACUGUUUGAUCGGCGAAACGUGUUUACAUGAUGGCAUUUAAGCGAAACGUACGUUUCCAUAACGACAUAAAUCCAAAUUUCUCUCCCUCGUCUUGUCCUGUCUUGUUCUGUUGCUUUCGCCGCUGAAAAGAAGUCGCAAGCAGCUAUGCUGGAGCUGGAGUCAUCCCCAAUGGAGCGGCCGACGGACCUCCUAGUCGACGAGGUCGAUGGUGCCUUGUCCUCAGCGUGGCUACCAGAGGAGUUGGUUGGGAGCGAUAUUCCCGUGCACGAGACAGGGAUCUCCCUCAAUCCGUGGCCGAUGACAGAUGGAGCUCUGACGAUUGAUGCAGUUGACAGUUCUUGGUUGAAAGCUCUGAAAUGCAUGAUCUCUAGAAACCAGUUUGGUAAUGUAUUGCUCGGUUUCUGAACCAAUUUUUCUCUAGAAUUCUUCUAUACAACUACUGCAACCUAUGGUUUCCGUGCUUCCAAAAUUCUGGAUUGUGCUCCUGAAAUGCUGCAAUUCUGAUGUUGUUAUUGUGCAGCUGAAACAACCAAUAGCUGCUACUGGAUUGGUGUUUCGACACAGUUUUCAGAAAUGUUGUUGCCGACACGAGAAGAAAAACUGAAACUGCAUUCUUGUAUACAAGUUUUCCUUUGUCCCUUUCUGCUGUCCAAGCAAACUGAAGAACACAAGAAGCAAACUGAAGGACACAGGAAGCAUUUGCCUGCAUUUUUUCCAUUGAAGUGCAAGCAAAGUGAAGAACACCGGAAGCACAAUAAUUCAACAACAAAGGCCAUUGGCCAGUCCAUAAAACAAAAGGCUGUUCAACAGAACAUAUUACAAACGACACCACACUAAAUAGAUAAGAAGCACAUGUCACGAAGGACAGCCUUAUCUCGUCGAAGAAGACAACGGCGGCGAUGGAUGAGAUGAAGAGAGGAGCAGCGGAAGCCAACGAGGCUUGGACCUUUGGCCAUGCUUGAUGGCCAUGGAAUUUCGAGGUUGAGGCUGCUUCGAAUUAGGAUUAGGACGGAUGCGUGCAGUUUGGCAGGAGAAGAUGCCGUGCACGACUCCGCCCCCUGCGCGGCAACAUCGCCGCAACAAAACUGGGGUCUUGGACAGAUUUGAUCGGCGAAAGCAGCUUCGGCGUCCUACCAGAUUUGGGAAUCCACACAGAUCCGCCGGAGUGCAUGGGAAACGAAAAGCGACGUCGGCCAUUCCGUUGCGCGGCAGGCCAGGCACUCGUAUCGACGACAGUCGCGACGGCCGAGUACUCCAUGCGGGUGGCGGACACGACGGCGGCUACCGUCUUGGAUUGGGACGUGGCAGCGAUGCAGGCGGCAGGCCCAGCUCGAGUACGUAGUGCCUGUUUUCCCAAUCGGCUGAACGCGUGCAGCGGCGGCGGUCGUACGUAGGAAUCCGUCACUGAUUUGGCCACCAACAACACACAACCAUAGUACGUGAUGCCCUGCAACCACCCACACGUGGACGUGGCUGAGGAACACCGGCCGCGUGUCACCCGGCGACUGUGCAUCAGGCCGGCCGCGCGCUAGUCGCAGCGGCCAAGUAGAAGUAGUCGUGUGUAUAUCUUCCAGCCCGUCUGCUCGCCGGCCGUCUCCGUAUCUAUCCACCCACCCCCACGCCGCGCGCACCUGCAUCGACCGCCCGUGCUCACCUCCACCCAGCACCACACCACCUACAAGAACGAGCCAGCAUCCCGCCAUGCCGAUCGGCAGCGGCUGCACCACCCAGGCGCUGGCGGCGAUGCACGGAGGAGGCGAGCCAGAGGUGGUCGAGCCCCACCGCCGGCUGCUGCAGCAGCGCAUGGAGCCGCUGUCGUCGUUCCGCCCGCCGGCGGACAGCGACGUGGACAGGGACGACUGCAGGCGGCUGACGCGGCUGCUGGUGAACGUGACGGUGGACCGCAGCCUGUGGCCCGUCCACCUCGUGCUGGGCGCCGACGCCACCGUCGCCGACCUCGUGCGCGCCGCCGUCGCCGCCUACGCCCGCGAGGGCCGCCGCCCGCCGCUCGCCGGCGCGGCGGCCGACGGCUUCGAGCUGCACCUCGACAAGUACUCGCUCCAGAGCUUGAGGCUGGAGGACAAGGUGCUGGACCUUGGCUCUCGCAACUUCUUCCUCUGCGCGCGGAGACCUGCGGGGCUCGGCUUGACGACCUGAUGAGAGCCUGGUUGGUUGGAUCGAUCGGAUCCGAUCGACGGUGCACGCACGUGCAGCCUCGAGUCGUCGAUCGUGGCAAGGUCACAUGCGAAGAAGGGGUUGCGAGUGCAGCAGGUAUUCAGGCCUUCAGGGUUUGGAGAUGGAGAUGGCGAUGGCGAACGACCUUGAAUGUUGGAGUUCCUGUCGAGCCAUUUCUUUAUCGCGUCAAUCUGCGAGAGAGAUGCAAACCGAAAGAGGGGUAAUAUGGUCAGCUGAGAAGAUGUAGAAAAAGAAAUAAAAUAAAAUAAUAAAGAAAAGAUCAGAAUAAGAGUUGAGAGUACUGUAAUAAAGAAGUCAUUUAAGGGCUUUA